UGCAAUUUGCAAUCAAUCUCUCGGUUUAUUCGGCUAUAAAUUAUGAUAAGGAAUGCCAUUCGCCGUUGUUGAAACGAUCAACGCUAGAGGUUGUAAGGAGCUGUCGGUGGUUCCGUGUAACUGGCUGCGAACCUCAAGAAGCGGAAAUAUUGUUCUCUGGCCAAAUGCAAAACGCAUUGCAGACCAAGAAAAACUGCUCCAUGAUGAAAACAGUUUCCCGAAAAAAUCAUGGCUAAAGUACAAAUGUACAGUGAAACGUAAUGCCAUCAUGUCAUAUGCCGCAGCGAAACUCAUGUUGGAAGAAUUAUCAGGAGAGUCAUCAUCCGACGUGAACCAGCUAAUUCGACGAAAGAAAAAACAACACAACCAUGACAAAGAAAGUUUUCAGAACAUGUUUGUUAUGGACAAUACACAACAUCAAAAUGAAUCAGCAUCGGUUGAUGAAAUCUCUGACUCUGAGCCAACCGUAGGUGACCAAUUUAACAUCAACAUUGGAUCACAAAAAUCAUCUCCACAGGUUCCUGUCAUUGUCGAGGUGACUGAAAAUAUGCAAAGCGAAAUCUUUUCUCAACAAAAAACACCCCCUUCAUCAUCACCGACUGGCAUUCAGAGAAUUGAGUACGUAACAUAUGAAAAUUUUCACGAACCUGAUACAUUGGUUGAAGCAGAUAAUCCUGUGCAAGAAUGUAUGAAUGAAAUUAUCAAACUUCGGCAAUACAUUGAGCAGCGAUUAGAUCGACUGGAAAAGCGGUCGGCGGAUAUCUGCAUACAAAAUGAAUUUAUUCUGGACGCCCUCCGAAAGAACAGUUCCAGGGUGACCAACAUUGAGGAGCCAAUAUCAUUUUGUAUUGAUCCCAUUGAGAACGAGCUACAAUUAGCAGACCUGGAACUCAAGUUAGCGGAUAAGGAUUUCAAAUCCAAAAUGGUUAAAUGGCUGCGGUUACAUGCUAGUGGUGAUUGUGCCGAAAAUCGCAUGUUAGGUGUACUUGAUAUCCUCUUCAGUAAGGAAUUUCAAACGAAAUGCACCUGGACUGGAGCUAGUCGGAAGGGGCCGAAAAUUGCAAUAAUGCCAAAUCGGAAUAUCCUUCAACUUUUCACACAGGUCGGAAGUGAUGAAUACGAAGUAGUCACUCAACAAAAACUAGCAAACUUCUUCAUGAAGAAACUGAAAAACUCUCUUAAGCGCUUACUUGCUGCUGGCAUGCGUAGAGGAACAAGGCACGUCAGACGUAAACAACGAAAUGUUGCUGAAGUGGAUGUUGUUGGUGAUGUGUUAGUCGACGCGUCAUCGAAUAAAAUGAAUGGACAGGCUGAUAAACAAGUGAACAGUUGCAGUGAGUCGGAAUCAGAAGAAUAUGCUGGUUCUGUUGUUGAUUCUUUGGAUGCAUUGGAUUAUGCGGAAAUUCUCUCAAACGCCACUCCUGAUUUCAGUGAAUAA